UCGCGCAACUCACGUGCACCAAAUUUUCUGGAAUCGGUGGAGUCGAGAAUAUCUCACUCUCCUCCAGCAACGAGCGAAGUGGCGCACACCUCAGGCCAGCAUUCAAGUGAACGAUAUCGUAUGCGUCAAGGACGAAAACUCACCGCCUCUGAAGUGGCCCCUGGCCCGUGUAAUCGAGGUUAUCCCUGGAGCUGAUGGUGUAGUACGAGUGGCAGUUUUACGCACGUCUAGUGGAACAACCCGUCGAGCAGUGAACAAGCUGUGCGUCCUUCCGGUAAACGAUACUGUUGAAAGCCCUGACCUUUCAACGCGGGGAGUAUGUUCGGAGCAGCAGCCGAUAAUGCAAUCAACAUAAAUCAUUAGCCUCACAUCGCAAUAUAAAGCGUUACAUUUAAGCUUCAAAUAUUUUUAUCAUUUUGUUUAAACUUCUAAACAUUUUGUACCACCCCAGCAUAAAUAUUCCCAGUCCGCUAUUGAACAUAUGUACAUUAUUAUUGUAAAACCACUCACUUUAUAUUCCAAUUGCAAAACAUAUGAGCAUAUACAUGGAGAAGGGUAAUUGCUUGGGCUCAUACAUACUAUUAUACUGGACGAAUGCAGGCGAACGGGAUAUGAUGUGUACAUAGUAUGUACAACUGCUGUGGCUCUUAAGGCGGGCGUACAAGCAUGUACACAUAUCCAUAAAAAACGGUCCAUAUGUAUAUCAAAUAAUGAGAGCAUGUAAAAAAAGAACAAGUUUAACUAUGUAUUACUUUUUAUCGCUCGAGGCUCUCAUCUGCAUAGAAUUAAAUAUCACCGUUGUAAACUCCGUAAUUCCCCUUUAUGCUCACUAUUAAGAACAAACAUUUUGUACAUAAUGUAUACAUAUAUACCUACACUAAUAGGCUAUUGCUCAUGCGGAAUUAAGAUUUGCAAUCAUUCGAUUUUGGCAAUAGAACUGAGCAGCAGCUCAGCAGCGGCAUAGGCGCAUUUUAUAGUUUAAGCUCACGGCAACAUCAUCGUUUAGAAUUCGAAAUCAAAAAUUAAAUAAAAAUUAAGUUGUUUCAACAAAUCAAAGGUGUUGACCUUUUUUUGUUAAUUUGGAGUUUAAUAGCUGCAAAAAAAGCUUUGCAGCUCAACAUUUGGUGACCCCGACGUGAUCGCCGUGCGUUUUUGGUGGAAUUGUACUUUUCGAUAUUUGGGAGAUUAAACUGUGUGCAUAACGCUUUGUACAUAAUAAUAUACUCGUAUACGCCUAUAGCCGAAAAUUUGAAUCCGUUAUUCAAGAGCACGGAACUUUGUGAAACUUGUAGCGUGAUCUUGAAACAGUUAAACUGUUAGCUUACGUCUUCAGCAUAUUUUGUGAGCCGCUAUUUCUGUUCAUUUCCCACGCAACGGUUUCCAGUUGCGAUUUUUCCCGAGUGUAGUACACAUCACGCGCUGCCGAUAUAAAUUCGACUUGAAUCCAUCAUGACACUUAACCCAGCUAAUGGUACUCCAGGUAUCGAAAAUGCUGCUCAAUCAAAUGAACAGGUGGCCACAGAUCGAGUUAGCUUUUUUAAGUUAAAAACAAAAGCAAUAUUCAACCGGCUUGAGCGAAUAGCUGCCGAGAUGGACAGUGAUAAGCUGCACGGGAUGGACGAAUACGCUCUGACGGCACUACUGGACUCAUUGGGGGAACUGAAGUCAAGUUUCAACGGUGCGCACACAAGCUUGGAGGAAUUGGAUUUUGAUUCAAUUUGCAGCGAUCUGCCUGGUAAAUUCGACUCCAAUUUAGUUAACCUCAGAUCCACUCUGCAGCGUGAAAUUGGAAAGCGUAGUGCACCUCAGCUAUGCUCCACAUUCAGGGUUAACGCCAAUGAGUCGCAAUCAAUUAUAGUGAACACCAACCGAUCACGCUUGCCGUUACUUACACUGCCAAAGUUCACUGGUGCCUAUACUGAGUGGACAAACUUCUUCUCCAUGUUCGUAUCUGUCAUCGACAAGGAUAGCGACCUUACGCCGGUCGACAAGCUUCAACAUCUACGUUCCUGCCUGAGUGGUGCAGCGCUGGAUACCAUACGUUCUCUAGAAAUAAAUGAGGCACACAUCAGGGAGAUCUUCGGGCUGGGCAAAGCAGAUGGGUCAGUAGGCAGGCUACGGGAACUAACUGACAAAGUCACCGCUCACAUACGUGCACUGCAAUCGCUUGGGUCCAAGGAGCAAAUAUCCGACUGUAUCAUUGUACAACUACUAAUACAGAAGUUAGACAAAGCGACUCAAUCCAAAUGGGAGGAGAAUUCGCCGACAAACGAACUACCUUCGUGGGACCAGUUAUCUACCUUUCUGGAGAAGCGCUGUAGAACGCUCGAAAACGUCGAACACGUUAUGCAAACACCAGUUGGUCAAGCUGGUAAAUCUGGUAAAAACGUGAGUACCAACCAAAGAAAAUCAUUUGUUGCUUCUGGUGGCUCAGUGGGCGGUUGCGUAUUUUGUGGAUCUCAUGAACAUCUGAUAUACCAUUGUCCUCGCUUUACAAAUCUGUCGCCAAACCUCCGCCAAAAAGAGGUUAAACAACUCGCUCUAUGUCUCAAUUGUCUAAAAAAAAGGUCAUCAGAUGCGCGACUGCAAAUCGGGGUCUUGUCGUAACUGUCAAUCAAAGCACCAUACACUUUUGCACUUUGAGCGCUCUGCUCCAACUGCCACCAGCCCUCAAGGCUUAACUUUGAAAUUCGCUAUAGCCCAACCUAAUGCCAUGACUGCAGCCUUAUCUGCCUCGUCCCAGGCCCUUACUUCUCCAUCUGAUGUUGUGCUUCUAGCCACUGCGGUAAUUUUUGUAAAAAAUCGUGGCGGCACUUUCGUACCUUGUCGUGCGCUGUUAGACUCUGGUUCACAGCUGCACUUUAUCACCUCUCGUUUCACAAACCAGCUGCAGCUGCGCAAAACCAAAACCUUCGCUGGAGUAUCUGGCAUUGGCGACGUCAACUUUUCAACGGAGGGAUACUCGGUCGAUCUCGUACUGAAGUCGCGGACUUCUGAUUUCUCGACGACGAUUACUGCUGUUGUCGCACAAACGACCACUGAAAGUCAACCUGGCCUUACAGUGAGCACCGUUAAUUGGCGACUUCCCUCCAACAUCCAGCUGGCUGAUCCCAACUUCAACAUACCACAGCGUAUUGAUCUGCUUAUAGGAGCAGGACUCUUCUUCGAACUUCUCUGUGUGGGCCAAAUUCAGUUGGCGCCUGGGCUGCCAUUGCUUCAAAAAACUCGGUUUGGUUGGGUGCUGUCCGGUGGUGGACAACAAACGCCCAAACUCUCAUCUUUCGUCGUACGUCAACGGUCAUCUACUGACAUUGAUUGUAGUACUCGGCUAGAUUAUUUAGUGCGUCGUUUUUGGGAAAUCGACCAUGUAAUUGAGCCAAUCGCUAAAACAACAAAGGAAGAGCUCGACUGCGAAGAGCACUUUAGGCAAAAUUAUUCGCGUCUGUCUUCAGGCGAGUAUUCCGUGCGUCUGCCGAUGAAGAGUAGCGUGGAUUCACUAGGUGAUUCGUAUUUACAGGCACUACAUCGCUUUCGCAGUCUUGAACGAAAACUGACUCGCAAUCCACAGCUCAAGGAACAAUAUGUGGCAUUCAUUAACGAAUAUUUGGAUCUCAACCACAUGUCACUAUUCUCCAGUAAGGAUGUUCAUGACUGUAAGUUUUUCCUUCCACAUCACUGUGUCAUCAAGGAUGACAGCACUACAACAAAGCUGAGAGUUGUAUUUGAUGGCUCUGCAGCUACAACUUCGGGCUUGUCGCUGAACGAUCUGCUCAUGUCAGGUCCAACAAUACAACCGAAGCUUUUCAACAUCCUCAUUAGAUUUCGAUCGUUUCCCGUCGCACUUACUGCAGACAUCUGCAAAAUGUAUAGAUGCGUUCGAGUCACUGCACCAGACGACAUGCUCCAGUGUAUACUAUGGCGUGACUCUCCACAAGAUGACCUACGCGUGUACAAGUUGAAUACGGUGACCUAUGAAACUAAGCCUGCAUCAUUUCUGGCUAUUCGGGCCAUGCAUCAGCUCGCAUUUGAUGAAUCAUCAGCAUAUCCCCUGGGUUCAAAGGUCGUUCUUUGAGACUUCUAUGUGGAUGAUAUGAUAUCUGGUGGCAAUUCAGUGCGGGAAGUGCGAAACAUUAUGCAGCAAACAACAGGUCUUCUUUCUCGAGGUAAUUUCCAAUUACGGAAAUGGUGCUCCAACAGCCCUGAUGUUCUCGGCGAUAUUCCCCAAACAGAAAGAGAAAGCUUUCUCAAAUUCGAUGACGGCAGUGAUAUCACCAAGGCUCUGGGACUAGUCUGGGAUCCGUUCAAAGACACUCUGUUGUUUUCGUUUUCGCCGAUCAGAUCUGGCAGAAAUUCCAAACGCUCUGUAUUAGCUACCAUAGCUCGUUUUUACGAUCCACUUGGCCUACUAGGCCCCACUCUGACAAGGGCGAAAAUUCUUUUACAGCGAAUGUGGAGGGAUAAACUCGCGUGGGAUGAAAGCCUGCCCCAUUCACUGGAUACGGCCUGGUCUACGUUUUGUGAAGAUUUCGUCAACAUUCAACAUUCGUCAUUUCCGCGCUAUGUAUUGCAGCCUGGAGCCGCGCUUGAAAUUCAUGCGUUUUGCGACGCUAGCCUUGAAGCAUAUGGCGCUUGUGUAUAUGCUCGCUCAACUAAGGAUAACAACGUCCAAUUACAGUUGCUAUGUUCAAAGGCACGCGUUGCUCCACUGAAAACUCUGACUGUGCCCAAGUUGGAACUCAGCGCUGCCGCUCUGCUUGCGCAGUUAGUAGGUGAGAUAGCCAAGAUGAAGGUUUUUGACUGCCGCUUCUAUUGUUGGUCAGAUUCGUCGAUCGUUCUAUCAUGGCUGCAGGAAGAAUCUUCAAAAUUUAACGUUUUCGUCGCUAAUCGAAUAUGUGCUAUACAGGAGCUUACACAGGGGAUGACUUGGCACUAUGUUCCUACAGCCAUGAACCCAGCAGACAUCCUAUCCAAAGGGGCCGCACCAAGAGAGCUCUUGCAAUCAGCUCUUUGGAUGCACGGUCCAAUAUUCUUGCACAAAGCAGAAAUCAGCUGGCCUGAAUUUCGCGAACCACAAACCAAGCUUUUGGAAACUCGUCAAAAGGUAUUACUCACAUCAAAUGAUCGACCCGACGUAUCUCUUUCAUUUAAGUACAUCAACUCGUUUGGCAAAAUGCAGCGUAUUUUUGGUUACGUAAGCAAAUUUAUCAAUAUAAAAAAAUUGCCAAGGACGUCGCAGCUCACGUCUCGGGACAUUCAUCAUGGGGUUCAGUUGUUAAUUCGCAUCGUUCAGAGAGCGCAGCUUUGGUCAGAUUACGUCGCUCUGAAAAAUAAGAGGUGUGUCUCAUCAUCUAGCAGCAUCUCUUCAUUAUCACCAUUUUUAGAUGACAUCGGUCUGAUUCGAGUUGGCGGUCGCCUGAGGCAUUCAACUCUUGGCUUUGAAGCGCGUCACCCGUGUAUUCUACCAAAGAAUCAUCCGCUGACGUUCUCCAUAAUUGCACAUUUUCAUCACAAGCAUCAUCAUGUAGGGCCGCAGUCACUACUUGCAGCCAUUCGCUUGCAAUACUGGCCCAUAGGUGGCAGAAAAACUGUCGCCCACGCCCUCGGCAAAUGCAUUAUAUGUUGUAAAUCGAGACCGCGACUCGUCGAGCACAUCAUGGCGGACUUGCCUAAGGAUCGCAUUGCGGCCUCACGCGCCUUUAUUGUCACUGGUGUAGACUAUUGUGGGCCGUUCUAUUAUAAGCCAGAAAUGCGUAACAAGUCCCCUCAAAAAUGUUACGUUAGCGUUUUUAUCUGCUUCGCAACAAAAGCCGUCUGGAUGGAGUUAGU